CAUCAUGCGCAUACAUGGUAGAAAAUGUGUAUCCGAACGGGAAUAUGCUUCAAUCUACUUACGCUGUCGUUUUGAUCCUUUCAAUCUAAACGCCAUUCCUACGCCGUUCUCCGCUUAAACUACGGGUGGUUUCGAGAAUCUCCAACCUCGUCUCCGACAACCUCAGUUGCACGCUCAAUUUCACGCAUCUAUCGAAUUUAUCGUGACCGAUCCUUAUCAUUUCAACGAAUUAGGUCUUUUUCGGUUGCUGAUUUUCGAUCUUAAGAGAAACAUAGCACAAUUUUAUUUUGAAAAUUUUGUUGUUAAUCGUGAAUUGAACGAAGAACGUAGCAAUUUUUUUGGAGACGAUGAGUACCGUUUUUGAGGGAUAUGAACGUCAAUACUGCGAGCUUUCUGCUAAUCUAUCAAAAAUAUGUACUGCAGCUGCAUCUCUUAAUGGAGAGCGAAAGAAGCAAAAGAUUUCAGAAAUAAAGGCUGGAAUUGAUGAAGCAGAAGCUUUGAUUCGAAAAAUGGAUCUUGAGGCAAGAAGUUUACAGCCAAACAUUAAGGCCGUGCUUCUUGCUAAGUUGCGGGAAUACAAAUCAGAUUUGAACAAUAUUAAAACUGAACUUAAGAAACUUGUAUCUGGUAACUUGAACCCCUCUGCCCGGGAUGCAUUGUUGGAAUCAGGCAUGGCAGAUGCUUUGACGGUAUCAGCUGAUCAAAGAGACAGAUUAAUGAUAUCAACUGGGAGGUUGAACAAUUCUAGCGACAGAAUUAAGGACAGUAGGAGAACAAUGUUGGAAACUGAAGAGCUUGGCGUUUCGAUCCUUCAAGAUUUGCAUUCUCAGCGACAAUCUCUGCUGCAUGCACAUGGCACACUUCAUGGAGUGGAUGAUAACGUAAGCAAGAGCAAGAAAAUAUUGUCUAACAUGUCUAAAAGGAUGAACAGGAACAAGUGUAUUAUCAGCGCCAUUGUUGCGGUCCUGGUUCUUGCUAUCCUCUUGAUUCUAUACUUUAAACUUUCAAAAUAGCCAAUAACAUACCUUUUCUCCUAUAUUGCCAAAAUGCAAGGCUUUAUAGAAUUUCCCUUGUUUUCUUUUCUGGCUCUAUGUUAAUGUUGUGCAGUGCUGCAAGCAAACUUAAAAUAUUUUGCUUCUUUAAAUGUGUGUUUUGCGUUGGCUUUGUCGUGUAAGUAUUUCAUUUCUUUUAUGUAAACAGUUAUUGAAUGAAGUUCAUAUGAUACUAAAAUAUAUUGUGGUUAUGUUGUUGUAAAA